AUGAGUGCACAUAACGCAUUAUGCUCAUCUACUUCAUCAAUCGAUCUAAAUAAUUUAUCUCCAAUUCAAGUUUUCAUUAGAAUUAAACCCAAUAAUUCAAACGAUCAAAAUGAAACAAUUCCAUUUAAAUAUUCUAGCAAUAAUACAAUUCUUACCCUACCUAAUUCACCUCCAUUGUCAUUUGAUAAUGUGUUUCCACCUCAAUCAACUCAAUAUGAUAUAUUUGAAUCAAUUAUUCCGUUUCUUCAUUUACCAUUAUAUGGUUAUAAUUCAACUAUAUUUGCAUAUGGUCAAACAAAUAGUGUUGCUGAUUUAAUGGGGAUCAUACCAAGAACAAGUAGAUAUUUGUUUGCUGCUAUACAUAAACUCACAUCAUCAUCUCCGUCUAUACAAUAUCAAGUACGUGUGAGUUAUUUAGAAGUAUAUAAUGGUCGUGUUUAUGAUUUAUUAAGAAAGAAUGAUAAUAAAAGUAACAACAGGCUGCAUUCUCUGAGUAUUCGUGGAGACAAUCAGGGUAAUAUAAAUGUUACGGAUGCAGUAGAAAUACCUGUACAUAAUAGUUUAGAAUUAGAGAAUAUAUUAAUGCAAGGUAAUCAAAGACGUGCAACUGCAUUUACAUAUAUGAAUUCAGCAUCAUCAAGAAGUCAUGCUUUACUAAUUAUAUGGGUAGAAAGAAGAGAACGAUCAACAUCAUCAUUAUCCAGAGAAUAUACAUCUUAUUUAGGUCGUUUAAAUUUGAUUGAUUUAGCCGGUAGCGAAGAUACUUCACGUUCAAAAGCUGAAGGUGACAGAUUUCGUGAAGCAAUUAAUAUUAAUACUGAAUUAUUUCAAUUAAGAAGAGUAUUAGAUGCACUGUCAGCAUCUUCAUCCUAUGUUCCCUACAGGGAUUGA